AUGGAGAAAUUCUUGGUUCUCAUGGUGAUGCUUGCAUCAUGUUAUGCAGAAACCAGAGAUCUUUCUGGCAAAGUAUUUGUCUUCCCAAAGGAGACUAACAGAGAUCAUGUGAAACUGCUCACACCCAAAACAUCAUUCGAUGCAGUGACUGUUUGUCUCAGAUUCUUUACAGAUCUCACCAGGAACUAUGGCCUCUUCUCUCUGUCCACGCCAGGCAUCAGCAAUGACUUUGUGCUCUUCAAGAUCAACUCGAACGACGUGAUCAGGAUGCACGCACGAGAUGGUGGCACAGACUUCCUGUCUCUGUCUUUUCCUCCUAACUCCUGGCACUCCAUGUGUUCAACAUGGGAAUCGGUAAAUGGCAUCGCCCAGUUGUGGGUGGAUGGCAAGCCCACGGUAAGGAGGUUUAUUCACUCGGGGAAUCCCAUCAGUGGCAAGCCCAUCACCAUCCUAGGCCAAGAACAGGACACUUACGGGGGAGGUUUUGAUGCCACUCAGUCCUUCGUCGGCAUGAUCUCCCAACUCCACAUGUGGGACUACGUCAUCUCGCCCAGUGAGAUUCACCGGUAUGAAGAAAACGUAAACUUCACCCCAGGGAACGUGUUCAACUGGAGAGCCCUCGACUUUGAAAUCACUGGCAGCAUAUUAGUGGAAGAUGAGGUCAUGUAG